AUGGCUAAUACCACAUACGUCUUGUCGAUGCCAGCCUCCGCUCCAGGCGAACAGGGAAGGGCCAUCGUUUAUUUCCUACCCGUCGACAAAAAUGUAACAUGUGAUAUCAAAGUGUUCUAUACGCCAGCGCAGAACUCCACGAAAGAAAGCAGUGUGCAUCUGGAAUUGAAUGACACUGGAACCAUUUGGGCAUAUAAGCGGACCGCUCAAAGAUACGUGAUGUUUGUUAAUGGUACAGGAAAAUUCGUUGUUGUGGCGGCAGUUAACUCGCUUCCUCUGUCUGAUGACGAAUCUGAGCUGCGCACUGACUUCGGUUGCUUCAUGCCAACUCCAAUCCUAGAUCAAACAUGUGAAGGCAAUUCUGUUUUGGACACCCACAUCACGACAUUGCUCACCACGGGACGGUUCUUUGUGACCGUACCUGCUCCUAUUUGUGAGCUAUCCGUUGAAACUCGUACUGCCAGUGGAAUAACUGAUGUUACGACAGUAUCUGCCACA